UUGCGCGCUAGUUUUAUGUGACUAUACACAUUUAUAUACUAUAUGUAUAUUUCUGACAUUUCCGGUCUUACGAGUCAGCUGAUCAAUUUCAUUCCUGUCUACUUGAUAGUUCUUACAAUUAUGUCUGGAAAAGAAAAACUUGCAAUUUUCCCUUCCCGGGGAGCACAAAUGUUAAUGAAAUCCCGUUUACAUGGGGCACAAAAGGGUCAUGGUUUGUUAAAAAAGAAAGCAGAUGCAUUGCAAAUGCGUUUUAGAUUAAUUUUGGGUAAAAUUAUUGAGACAAAAACUCUUAUGGGAGAAGUGAUGAAGGAAGCAGCUUUCUCAUUAGCUGAAGCCAAAUUUGCAACUGGAGAUUUUAAUCAAGUAGUUCUUCAGAAUGUGACAAAAGCACAGAUUAAAAUUAGAUCUAAGAAAGAUAAUGUUGCUGGUGUUAAUCUUCCAGUAUUUGAAUCUUAUCAAGAUGGUACAGAUACAUAUGAAUUAGCAGGUUUAGCAAGAGGUGGACAACAAUUGGCAAAAUUGAAAAAAAAUUAUCAAAGAGCAAUCAAAUUAUUAGUGGAAUUAGCUUCUUUACAAACAAGUUUUGUAACUUUGGAUGAAGUUAUUAAAAUUACAAAUCGUCGUGUAAAUGCUAUUGAACAUGUUAUCAUUCCAAGAAUUGAGAAAACACUUGCUUAUAUAAUUUCUGAGUUGGAUGAAUUAGAAAGAGAAGAAUUCUAUCGAUUAAAGAAAAUUCAAGAUAAGAAAAAACAAGCAAAAGCAAAGCUUGAGGCAGCUAGAGCAGAGAUGAUAGCUUCCGGUAAAGACGUAGAAGCUGCAAAUAUGCUUGAUGAAGGAGAUGAUGACAUUUUAUUUUAAACAUUGUACACAAUUUAUUUUCACAAUCUAUAGUAUUAAAAAAUUGUUUUAAUUUUGAAUGAAUGUGUUAAUGAAUGAAUCCAGUGAAAUAUGAGAAUACAUUUAGUACUUUCACAAAAAUCUUAAAACAAUAUUAAUUUUAUAUUUCAGUUAUA